UGUUGAGCGCAAGAAGUUUACAUGUGUCUCAGGACAGAGUGAGCCCGGCUCGUUCCGACCCUGGGCACCGUGUGGAGCCGAAGCCGGUGGUGUAGACACGUGCGGCCGUCUGCACCGUAGGAUCCCGCUUCUACCAGCUUCGGACUGUCGGGGUUUACCAUGCCUCCGCCCGCGGACAUCGUCAAGGUGGCCAUAGAAUGGCCGGGCGCCUACCCCAAACUCAUGGAAAUCGAUCAGAAAAAACCGCUGUCUGCAAUAAUAAAGGAAGUCUGUGAUGGGUGGUCCCUUGCCAACCAUGAGUACUUUGCACUGCAGCAUGCUGAUAGCUCUAACUUCUAUAUCACCGAAAAGGACGAUUAUCUUCGUGGGCCUGGCCUAAUCAGAUGGGACCUUUAAAAGAAGCUAAAGCAUUAC